AUAAUACACUACAUAUACUAACAUUAACUAUUAUAUACUAUUAUAUAACUAAUAAUAUACUAAUAAUAAAUAUACUAUAUAAUAUUUACAUGAUAAAUAUUUAUAAUAAAUAUACAAAAUAUAAUGUAAUUUAAAUAACAAUUUGUUCUGAAAGAAAUACAAGAGUACAAGAGGAAUAUAUUCAAUCAAACUACUAUGAAUAUAUUCAAGAGGAAUAUAUUCAAUCAAACUACUAUGAAAAUGAAAAAAGAACGAGGCAGAGAAUUGGAUGUGUGAAAGAGGCGAAUUAGUUAAAAACCGAGGAUUACUGAAUUAUAUUGUAUGAAUUUCAUUCGUUGGUACGUGAUCGCCGAGUAAUCCGAUAAAAUCUCGCAGGGUUUAUCGUGGUAGCAGCUUGCGUAAUGACCUUCGAGGCUCGUGAUAACGCUGCCAAAGUGGUGCCGGCUCGUUUCCGCUUUAAUCAAACGUCGACAAUAAAGAACACGAGGAAUCAACGGAACCGUAGGUCCACGUCUAGUCAGACGACCAAAUGGGAUCACCAGCUCGGUGUGUUCAAAGUGAACAGAAGUCCGAGCCCGAGCGUACACGAGGUUGUCUCCAGGAAACAAUUGACUGCGGAGUUCAUGCAACUCUCUAAAGAACUGAGCGAGAAACAAGCUGGCCAUUCGAUCAAAAAAAGCCCUAGCGCUCCGACGUUAGUCGAGAAGAAAUCACCCCGUAAGAAAACGUCAAAAUACUCUGGAUGCGCGUUGUUAAACCCUGAGCUGUUGAAGAGGCAUGCUCUUUCCGUUGAUAACCCAAGCUACAGUCCUCAUCAGGUCAGCAGGGAGAGCUUGGAUCAGCAGAAAAUGGGAGGCAGCCAAGUCUCGAUGACGCUUGAUUUGCACAUCCCCAAUAAAGGUCCAGUUACUUUGAAAGUGAAGGAUAGAUCGGACACCGCGAGACGUCAUCAACUACUCCGACAAACGAAAGUUGAUUACGUCGAGGAAGUUGACGAAGCGGUUAAAUCCCCAACGGGCCGUGGUUAUUCGCCUAAGUUGUCAGGUGCCUAUAGCAAAUACCCAGACGAUUUUGUACCGCGGAAGAAAAACUCGAUAGACAUAAGAUUAUUUGAGGAAUUGACCGCGUCGAAAGAUCUCACGAAAAUAUCCCCCAGAGACUUCCGGAAAAUCUCCUCGCCGAGCUUCCAUAAAAUGUCAUUCGACAAAGCCGGAAGCGAACGUAGAAUCGAGAGAAUGGGUCAGCGGAAAGCCAGCCUCGAGUUCAGGAAAAGUCCCGAUUUCCGCAGGGGUGACUACAGAAAAUUGUCGGUAGACAGAUUCACUGGUGAUUUCGCCAAGUAUCUGUCUGACGAGGAAAUGAGAUCAAGGGCGAACAGCGGUGAAAAUCUAAGGCGACAACGACAAGCGAAACUGCAUCAUUCUAGGUCGGACGAUAAUAAGAGAGCGUCUUUCGAGAAGCAGCAGAAAGACGCGCAAUCGAGCAGGCACUCUUUGAAUACGCAAGCGGUCAUCGAGACCGGUGAAUCCGAAUUCAAAUAUUUCACGACCGUGUCCCUCGACACUGAAGAAAGUCGGGCGGACAAUUCAGACGAUAGCCACGCGAUCGAUAUCGACGAACCGAUCGUCACGAACGUGUCGUCCGAAGGGCCGGCUGAAGUUGAUGCCUUACUCGAGGAACCUGAGCUAGAAAAUGCCUCGGAGAUUGAAACCUCCAGGGACGAAUUGGACGAGACUGAAACGUGCACUGAAGUUACAAUAAAAACAAAGAAGUCCAACGAUCGAGUGUCGAUGAAACAGGGGCAAAGGGCAAAUAAUAUUCGUCGUAACGAUGCGAAAAAUAAUGAGACUACUACUUUGUACGUAGAGGACGACGAAGUUUGAAGGAACGAUCGUCUCUCCGUUAACGAACAAAAAAAAGUAAAAGUUAAUUGAACGAAGCUGCGGAAUCGGACGAUUCGAAAGAGAAGCUUUUAGCGACAGAUUAAAAACGAGAAAUCUAAAAGGCUGAUAAGAAAAUUUGUGCACGAAUGAAUCCUCGAUUUUUGAGUGAGACUAGGUUUGCAGUUUUUUUUCACGUUAAGUACCACGUUUGGUAAAGUAUUGAGAAAUAAUUGAUGAAUUUGUUGUAAAAAAGGUUGAUACAGUCACUUGUUAUUUGAUAACGUAUCCUUUAGAGAGCUAAAUAUUUAUAAUAUUCGAUAUGUAACGUAAGUUCAAUGAAACAUUGCGCAAGUUAUAUAAAAGAUACAGCCACGUUUAGAUAAGAUAGACUCGCGUUAGUUUCACGUGGCAGUUUGUUGCGGUUGUAUUUUUACGCGUAACUUAGGAAUAAGUACUGUCUAUUAAAAAAUUAUAAUUUCUUUUUUCUUCCUUUAAAGAUCAAAAUACUUUGCCUAAUAUCUUUGCCCAAUGAAUUCUCUCUGAAUCUUGUGUCAGUUUACGGUACUUUCUUCGCUACUUCUACUUUAUUUCAUAAUGAUUCAUUGCGUCAUUAAACGUUCUCGAUUUUCGAUUAUGAUAUUACGAAACACGGUAACGCGCGAUGUGUGCUCAAUGAUCUCAAAACAUAGUAUAAGUGAAGCUAACACGGCUCUUCGCGGAGAUUUUUGUAUUCUGUUGCAAGACAAUCGUUUUCAAAAGAACGUUAUUUCCAUUAGAAAAGAAUCACGAUGAAGAUAAAAAAUUUGCCGCAGUGAUGACAAAUAAUGAAUAUACACCCUCUCAUGUGAUCGAUCAAUCUGUACAAAAUUAACAUUUAUAACGAAGAUACGUAGAAGUUAUAUUGAAAUUAUGAAACAUAUUUCUGCCGGGAAUAAUCAUAGAAACCCUGUACAUUGUACAUGAACAAUUUCGUCAAUAUCGUCACGGUACGUAUAUAAAAAGAAAGCGGAACGACAAUGACAAACUGCAAGGCGAAAUUGUUGAAAAUUAUUCACGCUACUUCAAAUUUUGAGAAUAUCUCGAAAGCCUUUCAACUUGCUUUCAGAAUAUUUAACGUACGUGUAUCUCAAAUACUACAAACAAAUUGUUGAUAUGUAUUUGCAGUGAUACUCAAGAUUUUACUACAAAAUGUAUUUUCCAAUUUUUAACACUUACAAUAUAUCAUAUUACCAUUCCUUAUUCCAGAGUUAUGCUAUUAAAUGACUG